AUGCUGACUGGACCAGGCCGUCCUGUCUUGGAAUGCGAAGCCUCCGACAUCUUGUCCCACACCUCUCUGCCUGCGGAUGUCGACCCCAACCCGCACGAUCGGUGGCAUUCCUUGACGGCAAAGGUGCUUGAAGCUGCCGGAAUCAUGGGCGCAUUCGAUACACCCAAAGCGAAGCCGAGGACAACCACAGGCAUAAUGAGUGAGCUGAAGAUGCGUGCAGUAUGGAGUGUCUCCCUGGUUCAGACAAAAGCAACUUACCAGAGGUCCCAAUCCCACAUCGCGGCUCUCGGGGAGAUGUCGUCACUGAAGAUCAACGACGCUUUCACCGACACCUCGUUCCUCCAGCGCUUUGUAGUGGGACCCCACAGCAAGCACCAGCUCGUGUGGGCCAUCAUAGCAAGCGUGUUUAUCAUCUGGGAUUUGAUCACCAUCCCGUUGGAGAUGUUCGACGUUGCAGAGUUCAUCCGGGUGCUGGACACUGUGGGCAUGGUGACGCUCUCUUUCUGGGCUGUGGACAUGCCCCUGCACCUCAUCUUCGGGGUGCAGCUUCGGGGAUCUCUGGAGAUGCGGCCUCGGAAGCUGUGGAGUCUGUACAUGCGCUCAUGGUUUGCCACAGACCUGUUGAUUGUAUUGCUUGAUGUCGGACUCAUCAUUAUGGAGAACUUGUCCACAGGCCAGAGCAGUGGCGCCUUUAGGUCUGCCAGAUUCCUGCGGUCCCUGCGGUUGCUGCGACUUUUUCGGUUGGUGCGAGUGGCCAAGCUUCAGCGGGAGCUAUCACUGGUGGCAAGCCGGUUCCUGUCAACUUAUGCCUUCAUGGUCAUGAAGAUUGUCGCAGCGUUGCUUAUGAUGGUAGCAAUCAACCACAUCAUCGGAUGCUGCUGGUAUGGUAUUGCUCUUGGGACCGGGAGCGACAAGACUUGGGUUCACCGUAGCGGAAUCGAAGAUGCAGACUUUGGGACCUCUUACGUGUACUCCAUUCACUGGGCUUUGACACAGUUUACACCCUCCACGAACAACAUUGCGCCGGAAAAUGGCGGGGAAAGGUUUUUCGCGAUUUGGGUGAUCCUGCUGGCAAUGGGUGUCUAUUCGUCCUUCAUUGGUUCAAUCAGUUCAACUGUCAAUUCUUUACGUGCGGUCCGCGGUGAGAAGAUCAAGCAGCAGUCCAAGCUACUGCAGUUCUUCAUCGAGCGCAAUCUCUCAUUGGAUUUGUAUGGUAGCAUUCAGGAGACCCUCCGUCGUGAAGGUACAGUUGAGGUGCGGCUCAAGGAGGACGAGGUGAAUUUGAUCAGCGGACUGCCCGAGCGCUUCAAGCAGCAGCUGCAUGAGGAGCUCUACAUUGCAGCUAUGCAGCGUUUACCUUUUUGGCCAUCCUGGUCGGAAGGCCAAUCAACGGACAGGUUCUUCUUCAGCAGCUUGUGCCAUCACGCCGUGAGCGAGUGUGUGCUGAUGCCUGGCGAGGAUGCGUUUAUGCCAGGGACAUCCUGCGAGCACGUUUACAUUGUGGAGUCCGGCUUCAUGAACUACUCCUUGGGCAAUCAAGAUCCUAGCGAGAUAGAAAGGGACGCGAUUCUAUGCCUCACCUGCUUCUGGUCCGAGUGGCAGCACGCUGGCCGACUGUCAGCAAACUCGGGCACCAGCUACUACAUCACCGUCAACAGCGAAGAGUUCUGCAAGAUCGCGAUGCGCUUUGGAGGUCGCCUCUCCUUGUACCUGCAAGUUUUUGGCAUCCUGAUUGUUGGUGCAGUUGAAAGCCAGCAUGAACAAGGCGUGGUCACUGACCUUUGCUUUGACUGGCAGCGCAUCGAGGAGCUCGCUUCAAGGGCAGAGAGGUUCCAUUCCAUCUUCGAGUCUUUGGACAACACGGCUCUACAGAGCACUUCGUUGCAGGCGAAGAUCACUAUGGUGACUGCUGCCCCGACGCCAGCUUCUCCAAGAGCCGCACACUGGGACCACAGUGGAAAUAGGGCACAGCUGGCGAUGGACACAUGGAUUUGA